CUUCUCGAUCCCAUGCUCCUGCUCCUCUCGGUCCUCGACCGUCCGUCUCUUUGUCUUUUGUCCCUCCACUGAGCUGUGGCCUUGGCUCACCGGCCCCGCCACAGUCAUGUUCCAGCGCCUGCGCGAGGCAAUCGACUCGCGGAUUGCAGAGGAACAGGCUCGCCAACGCACCGCCCAGACUCCGAUCUCUCGCUCCAACUCCGCCCGUCAUCCCACCGGCCGCAAUCUCUCGCCCACCCGACGGACCUCCCGCCCGCGCCGCAAUACCGGCACUCCUGUCCGGGGCCCUGAUCCGAAUGAAUUCGAGCCCGAGUUCGCCAUCGGCGACGAUGAGGGAUCCAGCAGAUCCGCUACUCCGCGCCUCGAGUCCGCGGGCGGCUCCGAAGCUGCCCCGGAGGAUGGUGCCGCGCAGGGCAAGCCCCCCGCUGACGACUCCGCCGCAAAGGAGUCGGACGCCCAACCCGCGACGGAGCCGAAUCAGUCGUCGUCGGAACUUCCGCCAGAGAUAAGGGUGAAGCUGCGGAGAUUGGGAAAGUUGGAAUCUCGCUACCAAGAACUGCUCAAGGCCUAUCGCAUGGCCCAUUCGCGCGUCCUCUCCAUCGAACCGUUCGAAGCUGCCCUGCGCGAAAAUACCCCUCUUACGUCGAUCAGCGAGCCGAAGGCGUUGACGGAGUACCUGAACCAGAUCUCGUUGAAAGGGGACAUGGUCGUUGAGGAGCUGAAGCGCGUAACGGCGGACCGAGAUGACUACAAGAAGAAGCUGGAGGAGGCCCAGAAAUCCACCAAGGCCGCCUUGGACGAAGUGACCGAACUCAAGAAGGACAAGGCCCAAGUGAAGGAAGACGAAGCAUCGGCAAAGGAAUCCGCGACAGAUAGUCCCGCGAAAUUCGGAAAGUCCACCUCCAAGGACGAUACCAAGGCUUCCAAACAGUCCGAGCCGCAGGGCGAGAGUGAGGAAUUCUUUUCUUUCGACAGCGAAAUACCCCGGCUGGAAUCCGAGUUGAAGGAAAAGCAGGACGAGAUCGAAACCCUCAAGACGCAAACGGACUCGCUGAAACGCGAUCUGUCGGUCGCUCGCGAGUCAACGGAAGGCAUGGUUGUGAACCUGGAGUCUGCUACUCGAGAGCUUACGGAACUGCGUGACUUCAAGGACAAGCAGGACGCGGAGGUGGAGAAGCUGAAGAGUUCCCACAAAGCGGAAGUGGACGAGCUCAAGGCCAAGCUUGGCAAGUCGGAGGAGGCCGUGUCCAAGACUGGCGCCGAAAUCGAGAAGCUGCAGGCCGAUUUGAAGCAGCGUACCGAGGAAAUCGAGCAACUCCAGGCCCAGACAUCCAAGCCCGAGAAUGCUGACCGACAGGCCGAAUUCGAAACCAAGCUAGGGGAACUGAAGAAGGAGAAAGAAGCCACCGAGAAGCGCCUGGGUGUUCUACAGGGAUUAGUCGAUAGCUUGCGGUCCCAGCUGAAGGAGACCGAGGAAGCAGUGUCCAAUCUGAAGUCCGACAUGGGCCAAAAGACCGUGGACAUGGGCAAGUUACAGAACGUUGUCAGUUUCAUGGAUGAGAAUCUGAAGGGCAAUGCGAAGUGGCAACAGGUCAAGGAAACAGUUGCCGACGGAAAGGAAGCCGUGUGGAGUGAGCUACGCGACAGCUUGGCACCACCGCCCACUCCAAACGUCAAAAAUUCCACUGGACCAGCCACGCCAGCUGCACCAGCUGCGACAGCAGGUGGUACCGGAGGGGGUAAAAAGAAGAAUAAAAAGAAGAAGAAGGGUGGCAAGGCGGGUGAGGAUACGAAGGCAGCCGAGGUUGCUGUCCCCGAGGAAAAGCAGGAGCCAGCGGUUGAGCCUGUUGAGCCGGUUGAGGCCGACCAGACUGCCUCGAAGCUAUCCGAGCUGGAGGAAAGCAUUGAAUCACUGAAGAAACAGUUGGAAGAGAAAGACGCGGCCAUUGAUCGUCUGAGCUCUAAGCUGAAAGGAGAGGAAGACCUGAAAGAGGAGAUCGAGACUCUCCGGGACGACCUGCUUCACCUGGGCGAAGAACAUGUUGAGGCGAAGGAUAAGGUCAAGAUGCUCAGUGCCGAGAAGACUGCCCUUGAGGGAGCAAUCUCCAAGCUAGAGAAGGAGCUCACGGAUUUGCGCACGAGCACCGAAUCCAGUUCCGCCGACUCCAAGAAGGCCCACAGCGACCUGAAAGAGGAGUACGAGAACAUCAAGAUCAAGUCCACUACGCUGGAGACCGAGCUCUCCGCUGCCCAGCAACUGGCUGCGACGCGCUUCAAGGAUAUCACCGAUUUGAGGGAGACCCUGCAGAAGCUGCAACCCGAGCUGAAGAAGCUGCGAAGCGAGUCAUCAGAACUCAAGUCCACCAAGGAAUCGUUGACGAGCAAGACGGCCGAGUUGAGAACUCUCGAGGGCAAACACGACGAUCUGCGCGCCGAUCUGAAAGCGCUCAAAUCCACCAUAUCCGAGCGGGACAAUGAAGUGAAGACGCUCAAUCAGAAGAUCAGACAGGAAACAGAAAGCCGCCUGAAGGGGGAGGAGAAGCUGACGGUCGCCCAGUCUGACCUGCGAUACUCGGAGAGCAAAAAGCAAGAAGCAGUGGAGGCGAAGGAGAAACUGGCGACGGACCUUUCCAAGGCACAGGACGAGUUGAAGGCUGCCCGUGCCCGCCUGCGUGAUGCUGAAAGCCAGGUCGCCCAGUUGAACAAGGAUCUCGGCGGCCUGCGGGAGGAGAUCCAGCUGAAGACAGCUCAACACUCCAGCGCGCAAGGUCUGAUGAACAGCAUGCGCGACCAGGCUGCAGAAUUGGGUAUGCAGAUGAAGGAGGCGCGGGAACGGUGUGAGAGCCUGGAGGAGGAGCUAGCGGACGCCCACCGCUUGCUGAGCGAGCGGACUCGGGAGGGCGAAACAAUGCGACGCCUUCUUAACGAUAUCGACGGCCGCGCGGAGGCUAAAGUACGGGACUUCAAGGAGCGCAUGGAAUCUGCCAUCGAGGAGCGAGACCGGGCCGAGGACGAAGCAAGUGCGCAAGGGCGCCGUCGGGCGCGUGAGUUGGAGGAGCUGAAGGGCAAGUUGCGCGAGGCGGAACGGUCCCUGCGCACCAUCGAGGAAGACAAGGAGGAACUGGAGCACUCGCAGAAGGAUUGGAAGCGUAGACGCGACCAGCUGGAGGUUGAGUCCGAGAAGACGACGCAAGAAUUGGGUGAUCUACGCCAGGCCAUGGCCCGGCUGCGCGAUUCCUUGGAUGAGAGCGAGAAGCAGGUCCGUGACCUGGAGAAGGAGAAGGCCGAACUGCGCCGGUCGGUGGAGGAGACCAACGCUCGAUUGGAAAAACUCCGCAAGUCCAACAAGAUGCUCCCCGAGGAUGGCCGUUUCGGCCACACAUCGCAGUCCUCUCGGUCCUCCAUCGACUCGGGGUCACGCAAGCUGCUUGCCUCCCCGGUCGCGAAGGAACGCAGCCCGUCGACCCGGCGAAGCGAAACGCCCACCGGCGGCGGUGCCAUUGAUUACAUCUAUCUGAAGAACGUCCUCCUCCAAUUCCUGGAGCAGAAGGACAAGAGCUACCAGAAGCAGCUGGUGCCUGUCCUGGGGAUGCUGCUGCAUUUUGACCGGUGAGCCCCGUUCCGCCCAUUCCUAUCCUUUUUUAUACCAGGUAGCUGACCGAAACAGGACCGACGAGCAGAAGUGGAUGGCGGCCAUCGCGUCAAGAUAGGACCCAACACUUUCUCCGCGGGACCGAGGACGUAC